UUCCCGAACCAAAGAUCCUUGGACGUGAACAGUUUAGCUGAAGAGCACUUUUUCUGCCCCCCCCCCUCCACCCUUAAACGUUCAGAGGGACAAUCGAGGCGUCACUUUUUCCACAUCGACCUGACUGAAGGGGAGUUGAGGUGUCGGGGUAAGGUCUCCAACCGUCUCUCACCCACCCAAAUCUCUGUCAGCGAUGGAGACUUGGGCUGGCUUCUGCCCAGGCUUGCACUUCUCUCUGGGUAUCUGGGUGGUGAUCGCCGCUUAUGCCCUACUAAAUGCCGAGGCGGAGAUAACUUGCGCAUCCUGCCCGUUGCCAGUGCAACUUCAUCAGGAGGAAUUACAGCUGGGGAUUCGAGCCGACCCGACUGAGGAAACGGCCAACCUAAGGAGCAUUCAAGUAGAGUUUAAGGAACUCGGGGUUACCGAUCAGAACGCUGGAAUGGACGGCGACCGAGAGGCAGCAGAGGAUGACCCGCAGUUCCGCAAAGAUGCCAGCUGGGGUGAAAUUGUUCCGCUCGGGUCCAGUAAAGAAAGUGUCCGCGGUAGUUAUAAACCGGAGGCUGUUGAAGAUGCUGCGCUCCGGAGAGCCAAAAGAAGCGGUUCGGAGUUGGCGGAGUUCACCGACCAAGCCGGCGUGGAAGCGGGCGCUGAGGGAAAUCGGGGCUCUAUGUUAGACGGGCACAGAUCAGGCAGGUCCGAGUUCAGAUGGAACAGGGAAAACGGGAGAGGGACUGGGCGGCAGGAUGAGCCCAAGCUCACGAGCAGCACCUUCGCGCUGACGGGGGACUCUGCGCACAACCACGCAGUGGUCUACUGGUCCGGACAGAACAGCAGCGUGAUCCUGAUUCUUACCAAACUGUACGACUUUCAUAUUGGCAGUGUCACUGAAAGCACACUCUGGAGGUCUACUGACUAUGGCUCUACAUAUGAGAGAAUGAAUGACAAAGUUGGAUUCAAGACUGUCCUCAGUUACUUGUACGUUCUGUCCUCAAACAAGAAGAAGAUUAUGGUGUUGACAGAUCCGGAGUUUGAGAGCAGCGUCCUCAUCAGCACUGACGAAGGUGCCAGUUUCCAGAAGUAUCGCCUCUCCUUCUACAUCCUGAGUCUUUUAUUCCACCCCACAAUGGAGGACUGGGCCUUGGCUUACAGUCACGACCAGAAGUUAUACAGCUCAGUAGACUUUGGAAGAAAAUGGCAGCUCAUCCAUGAGCAUGUGACCCCCAACAGAUUUUACUGGUCUGUUGCAGGCCUCGACAAGGAGCCUGAUCUGAUUCACAUGGAGGCUCACACUCCAGAUGGAAAUGUGCAGUACAUCACAUGCAAAGUUCAGAUGUGCAACGACGCUAACAGGAACUAUCCGUUCCCUGGAUACAUCGACAUCAGCUCUCUGGUGGUUCAAGAUGACUACAUAUUCAUACAGGUUCCUACAUCAGGACGAGCCACCUACUACGUUUCCUACAAGAGAGACUCAUUCAUUCAGAUCAAACUGCCUAAAUAUUCCCUUCCUAAGGAUUUACACAUUGUCAGCACCGACGAGAAGCAGGUAUUUGCAGCGGUGCAGGAGUGGAACCAGAACGACACCUAUAACCUUUACCUGUCGGACACCAGAGGGAUCUACUUUACCCUGGCCAUGGAAAACGUCAAGACCACGCGGGGCAUCAGUGGGAACCAGAUGCUGGACCUGUACGAGGUGGCUGGAAUCAAAGGCAUGUUAAUCGCUAACAAGAGGCAAGACAAUCAGGUGAAGACCUACAUCACCUACAAUAAAGGCCGGGACUGGAGGCUGCUGCAGGCUCCUGCAGCUGACCUGGAUGGGAAUGACAUCCACUGCAUACUGCCUUUUUGUUCCCUUCAUCUUCAGCUGCAAACGUCAGAGAACCCUUAUGUGUCAGGAACAAUCUCCACCAAGAGUUCUGCACCUGGGAUCAUUGUUGCUACUGGAAAUAUCGGACCUGAGCUGUCGUACAACAAUGUCGGCAUGUUCAUAUCAUCGGAUGCGGGAAAUAGCUGGAGACCGAUUUUUGAAGAGGAGCACAAUAUAUGGUUCUUGGACAAAGGGGGGGCCCUGGUCGCUGUGAAGCAGCCAUCUGUGCCAACCAGACAUUUGUGGGUCAGCUUUGAUGAGGGUAGGCAGUGGACCCAGCACAGCUUCUCCUCGGUGCCUCUCUUCGUGGAUGGCGUCCUGGUAGAGGCUGGAGCCGAGAACCAAAUUAUGACGUUUUUUGGACAUUUCAGCCACCGUUCCGAAUGGCAACUCAUUAAGAUAGACUAUAAGUCCAUAUUCAGCAAGAAGUGCACAGAGGAGGACUAUCAAACCUGGCACCUGCACAACCAGGGUGAGCCGUGUGUGAUGGGCCAAAAGCAGAUUUACAUGAAGCGCAGGCCUGGAAACUACUGCAUGCUGGGAAAGGACUACUCCAGAAUCCUCUCAGCUGAAUCCUGUAUUUGCCGAGCUCAUGAUUUUGAAUGUGAUUAUGGAUAUGAGCGGCGCAGCGAUGGGAACUGCAGACCGGCCUUCUGGUUCAAUCCUUCUACUGUCUCCAGAAGCUGCAGCCAGGGUCAAAACUACUUCAACAGCACGGGGUACCGUAAAGUGGUUUUAAACAACUGCACUAAAGGAGUUAAAGAAAUAUACACAGCCAGGAAGCAGCAGUGCCCAAACAGACCUCCUAAAGGACUUGUGUUGACCACCAAAGAUGCCAAACUAACUGCCACCCUUGGCAGCAAUGUCACCUUCCUGGUGCAUCUGGAUGAGGGUGACUCCAUACGGACCAACAUCCAGCUGGAUUUUGGUGACGGUACAGCUGUGUCAUACUCCAACCUGAGCUGGACCGAAGAGGGGAUCAAGCACAUGUACAAGUCAGCUGGAAUAUUCCGUGUCACUGCGCUGGCAGAGAACACGCUGGGUUACGACACCACCACACUGUUCCUGCAUGUCACAUGUCCAGUGGAGCAUGUCCAGCUUCUUGCUCCCUUUGUGGUCAUAAGAAACAAGGAGGUCAACAUCACAGCAGUCGUCCUGCCCAGCCAAUCACGUACUGUCACCUACUUCUGGUGGCUUGGAAAUAACACUGAGCCAGCGAUAACUUUGGAUGGGAGCAUCUCAUACACCUUCACAAGUGAGGGAAUGCACACCAUAACAGUCCAAGUGUCUGCAGCCAACACCAUCCUGCAGGACACCAAAACCAUAGCAGUCAAAGAAUUCUUCAAAUCUCUACUUUUAUCUUUCUCCCCUAAUCUGGAUGAGUUCAACCCCGACAUACCCGAGUGGAGGCAGGAUGUGGGGAGAGUAAUUAAGAAGGCUCUGCUCCAAGUGUCCGACUUUCCGGAGGAGCAGAUGUUGGUAGCUGUUUUCCCGGGAGUUCCAACAGCUGCAGAGCUUUUCCUGUUACCCAGCAAGAACCAAUCAGAGGGCAAGAAAAAGAGUGAGGAGGAGCUUGAGCAGGCAUCCGGCAUCAUCAUCAGCGCGCUGAAUCAAAAUCUGGUGGAGUUUGAGCUGAAGCCUGGCGUUAGAGUGAUUGUGUACAACACACAGUUAACACUGGCACCACUGGUGGACUCCAGUCCCAGACACAGCAGCUCAGCGAUGCUCAUGCUCCUGUCGGUGGUGUUCCUGGGCCUGGCGGUGUUCCUCAUCUACAAAUUUAAGAGGAAAAUUCCUUGGAUUAAUAUAUACGCUGAGGUAAACCAGGAGAAGGAGCAGGAGAUGAUUGGCUCAGUGGGCCAGGGCGACAGCACACCGAAGAUCACUCUGAGUGAGUUCACCACAUCCAAAGAACUCAUGGAGAAGGAACUGGAUGCCAGGGUUAAGAGAGGAGUCGGAAAUGCCUGCGAGAGCACAAGGGAGAUUCCAAACUGCACCAGUGUGUAAAAGUACAGAGCAGCAGUCGUGUACAGAUCGAGGUAUUACAGCAUCCGAGGAGGGGGGGGGGAUUCUUUUCUGUUUUGUAAUUACCGACACAACUGAUGUUAAUAGUUUUCUAAAAGACCUCAUUUAUACAAACUUGCAUGGAUGUGUCGUCAUGCAACAUCCAUGCGGCAAAUUUACUCAAAACCAUUGUAAUUACUGACCAAACUUGUUCAGUUGUAUGGAUGUAUAAGCUGCAUAACAACAUUAAUUUGCUGAGUGAAAUAUCUUUCGUGGACAAGUUCUGUAAAUUUUUUGAGGAGUUUGCUUUUGAAAAUCAUUUCUGCCUAUAUGUAGACUAUAAUGUCUGAGUCUUUAAACAGGGAAUAUUAUUGAAAUGUACAAUAUUAUCUUUUCUUCUGUUACAUGUAUAUAUUAUUACUUUCUACCUGCUCGUAGUCUCAGAACCGUGGCGACAACAGAAGAUCUGACGAUGGUUUGUUCUUUUCAAAGUGUGUUAAAAAGUCAGACAUUACUUAAAGAAACCCAUUUUGCUUUGCUAAAGUCCUUGACUUGUGCAUGUUCUUAAUGAGGACACAACUUGUGUGUUGUAGAUAAGCAAGUGUUGUAAAUAGUUAUUUUCUAAACAUCCUUCAAAAAAAGCCCAAUUAUUUCUGCUUAGAUUCUGUUCUGCGUUCAGCUCCUUCAGAUACUGUUUGGUGUGAUGUACUUGGAUGAAGGGGUUUAUCUGUUGAUGCUGGGAGCUGUACCUGCACCUUACAGAUUUACCCUGCAAACAAAAUGAAAAGGAUCAACAUGAACAGGAUCACGUCUGAUAUAUUUAUAUUUUCAUUAGAGAUGUACACUCAAUAAACAGACAUUUAGCUAGAUGAUUUUAGAUGUCCUUGAAGCAAACUUUCAUUACAGCUGGCUUCAUUGCACUACACUUUGAGUCCAUGGCUCCAGUAGUUCAGAUUUGACCUCAGAAUAAAAAUGAAAAGUUCUUGAGGUAGCCAGUUAUCAAAUUCAGUGCAUUUAACAACUCUGGAGAAAAUGGUGACACUGAGUUUAAAUGUGUAUAUCCUCUAAAAUACUUGUAGGAGCUGGGUGUGAGGCAGUCAAAU